CAUAUCAAAACACACUUUCUUAGCUUGCUUAUCAUAAAAUAUACCUCUUUUGAGUGUAAAUUUAGCAGGCCUGAUUCAUAAUAAUGUUUAAAUCCAUGGCGGAUAUGGGAGAGGAGAAAAGGGUGAGGAAGCCUGCUCAGGCGAGCUCGAGGAAAGGCUGCAUGAGGGGGAAAGGCGGCCCGGAGAACGCCGCCUGCACGUAUAAGGGUGUGCGGCAGCGCACCUGGGGCAAAUGGGUAGCCGAGAUACGCGAGCCCAAUCGAGGCUCCCGAGUCUGGCUCGGCACCUUCGACACCUCCUACGAUGCUGCCGUAGCAUACGACACCGCCGCCCGUAAACUCUACGGCCCUGACGCCAAGGUCAACUUGCCCCACUUGUAUGAAGAAAAACCUCAGGGUCAGGUACAGGCUCAGGCUUCAGUUGAAGCCUGUAAAAUGGAGAACCAAGAAUACUGUCCGAGUUCUAAUCUGCCGAUCUUUGACAGUUUUCUGGCCGAUGAAAUUUCGCCUGUAAAUGGGUAUCAGGGGGGUGGUGAAUACGUGAGUUCUAGUGGGAUUUUGAAGAAUUUGAAUGUGAGCCUGCCGGAGGUUGAUGACUCCUACCUGUGGGCCGAGGCAGCAAAAGAUACUUCAUUCCAGAUUGUCCAUGAGCCAGCCGUUUUUGCCAGUAAUUUGGACUGUGGGAAAGAUAGCAAUGGUGUGCCUUUCACCUGGUUCUAUUAAGCCCUUUUAAACUGAGAUUUUAACGUCAAUCGCAUGUCAAGUAUAAUGAAUUAUACUGUACGUAUUAUGAAUAAAUCAUGCAUGCAAGGGGACACGUAAGAUACUUGUGACGUACAGUAUAUACGUCGUUUUCAAGUAUUUUUAUGUGUCUUAUAUAUAUCAUAUUGACGCUAAAAUCACAUUUUCGUAUUAAAAAAAGUAUAUACUAAAUAUAAAUUAGUGGAUGUGUGAAUAUAGGUAUUUAAGUCGUCGUAUUUAAGGUAGGGGGAUGGCCCUUGGCUACCUAUAUUUAUAUUGUAUGUGUUGUAGAGUACGAAUUGGAGCUGUUUGUACAUGUUGAUGUUGAUGUAUGGAGUCUGUAAAUAUUAAGUCAUUGUAAAUGAAACUACAGAAUUAAAUAGUACAGUAUAAAGUUUACCAUUAGAGAUUUAA